UUUGAGAGUUGCUAACAACUGACCCCGAGGUUGUUCUUAUUAUAUCUUUCGGCCACACUUCCUUUCUCCGACUCUAAAUCAAGGCAUCAAUCAAAUCAAUCAAUCAAGCAAUGUCUUCCCGGCGAUUGCUGUAUAUUCGUAGUCUAUGUCGAACAGCAGAAGUUGGAGAAUUUUCUUAUUUGAUUCGAAGUGUGAAAAACUACUCCUAUGCUUCAAUCACUGACAAUAAAUUAUGUAAAUCUUCUUCUUUCCUGAUGCAUGGACAGAAUGACUCUUCAUGGAACAAAGAAGUUUUCCAAAUAUAUCACCGAAGCAUUUCUUCUUGUCUAAGAAAAUGCAAUGACAAUCAGUCUUGGGCAUCUAAAACCACAAAUUCUCAAAGCUGUAUGGCGGGUUUGAGCAACAUUAGAUUCCUAGCAACACAAGCAAAAUCCCCUAGUCAAGCGCGACAAAUGGGAUCAUUCCAACUUGCAACGUCAAGUCCAGGACUUAUAUACGAGGCUUAUGCACCCCGGGAGCCGGUUUCCUUUUUCCGGAGAUGGUUCACGAGGGGUGGUUGGAAAAGAACAAAAGAAGAUAUUAUGUUGGAGCUGAAAAGUGCUUAUGCUAUUGCUAAAUUACGGAAAACUGGCUACUCAAAGCAGAAAUUCUAUGCAGAAGCAGUGCAAUUAUACAAAGAGAUAAAUACUCAUAUUGCAGAAGGCGAUAAAACAUCCUUGAGAAAGGCAGUAACUGAGAACAUGUAUUCCGCUCUUAAGAAUGAAAUAAAGCAACGUGAGACUAUAUGGAGCAAGGUUCACUGGGAACUAAUAGAAACAUCUGUUAAAAUCCGUACACUAAGAGCUCGGAUGAUUGGUGUUGAUAGAAAUGACCACAACAAGGUGUUUAUACAGCUGACUCUUGAGUUUCAGAGUAAGCAGAAGUUUGAGGCAUAUAAUCUAAAGGGUGUUGCUGUGGCAGGAGACAAGACCAAAGAGGUGAAUGUACGAGACAUAUGGGUCUUUGAGAAGUCUCUUUUUCAGAAGGGAGCAUAUUGGCGUCUCUGCGGUCGCAUUAAACUGUAGUUGCUUGUUACUGUAUUUUAUUAUUCAACAACUCCUCAUCAGGUAGAGCUUCUGCUGGAUGGAUGGAAAUUCUAAAAUAAUAAUAAUAGACUUUUAUUAACUUGGGUUUUCUAUCAUUGUUGCUGAGUAACAGUUAUGUUGAAUGAUUUUAUCAUCAAGGUGACUAAAUUUUGCAUAAUUAGUUAUGGAUUGGACAAUUAUUUUGA